GCGCGUAUAUGUCCUUUGAUGAUCACAUUCGAUGUCUCCGCGAGGACACAUAAGUAGUCAAUGAUGGCGCGAUUAGGAAGAUCAAUUCAACAACAACAAACCUCAAUUUUGAAAACUCCAUCUACUCCGAUAUCGAUCUGCGAUCAUGUCGUUCCCCCUUUCGCUCAAAUCCGUCGCCUUGGGUGCUAUUCUUGCCAUCACCGCAUCAGCUGGACUGAUCAAAAAGGCAGAGUCCGUCCCUGCGCAUGUCUGUUCUACACAGACCAUCAGCAAGGGGGAUGACUGGACACAUCUGGCGAGCAGAUGUGGCAUUACCCCGGAACGUCUCCAGAUCUUGAAUCCACUGACGAACCCUACCAAGCUCCUCCUCGACCAUUGGGUCUGCUGCAGUGAAGGCACUCUGCCAGACCACAGCUAUAUGACCGAUCCAACAGGGACAUGCAAGACCCAGACCGUCAGCAAGGGAGACACAUGCGAGAAGCUCGCCGGCCGAUGUGGCCUUGAGUCAACACAGCAAUUCCGUGCUUUCAACCCGUACAUCACCGAGCAGUGCAGUAAUCUCUCCGUCGGACAGCUGGUCUGUUGCAAUCCUGGGAAGCUGCCGCAGAUCAGCAUCGAGGCAAACCUGGACGGAACUUGCAGGCCCACGACCGUUGCUCCGGGAGAAACCUGCGAGGCGCUGGCGAAGAAAUGUGGACUUGCGUCGCUCGAUCAAUUCCUCGGUCUCAAGCAGCCGAAUUUGAAGUGCGAGAGUCUUGCCGCGGGACAGCAGGUCUGCUGCUCGAAGGGAAACCUAUCUCCUUCGCCUGGUUCUGCCCCAAAUUCGCACAAUGCUCCUCCGCCUGAUCCUGCCGCCGGCUCGCACAACGCUCCUUCGCCAGAUUCUGCCUCCAACUCGCACAAUAGUCCUGAUCAAGGCGAUCGUCCAAAUAAAAACUACAAGGGACAGACCUGUGAGCAAACUCUUGCCAGGGCUGGCGAUGACUGUAGUGCAAUUGAAAAGGCAUUCCACAUGGACCCAGGCUCGUUGGACACAAUAAACCAGGAUUAUGAAAAUAAGAACCAUCCUCUAACACCUUCCUGGAAGGGAUGCAACAAUAUCGUACAAGGGCAACUCAUCUGUCUGACCAUCUCAUGUUACUCAUUUGAGAGUUGCACUAAAUAGGCUGCAGGAGAAUGUUCGGUGUAUCGUGUUUCAGGCGCCCAUCGAAAAUAAGACGAAGAAUCGGCUCUCUGGUUGAACGAAAAAGAUGUGCCUCU